GCGUUUCCAUGUGAACGGCACUAGAACAGCGCCAAGAAACUGCCCAAAAAAAAACCGAAUUUUCGCGGACGUGGAAGUAACCUUUUGUUUUGCUAUGCUAAUUAGUAGUUAUAAGUUUAUUCAACCCAUAUUGGAUUGAGGUUUGAGUGGAACAUAACCAAAAGCAGUGGAAACCACGUUGCAAGAUAGACAGACAGCCCAGCAAAUAGCAGAAGAAACACCUGAGCCAACACUCCGAUAUCAACUGUAUUUCGUGGCCUCAUAGCUUAAGUUAUAACCAACUUUAAUGGUUCAUUUGGCCGACACGUAACCACGGAUAUCCGGCUAAGAUGCGGCGACCCAAUCUCAAGUGGAUAGUGAAGGCCUCGCUGCUUAUACUGGUCUCCCUCACACUUUUCAUACUGAUCACCAGCUGGAUCUCCUCCAGUCCGUACACCAAUAAACCCGUGCAUCAUGGCGUGGAACCUCUGCCGGAACAGGCUGGUCUCUCCGGCGAUAUUGAGCUGGCAAAGAUGCCAGCUCCAAGGGAAAAACUCAAGAAACCAGAGGUGCGAAAGCCCGAGGAACCUGACUUCGAGGAGGAUCCAGAGCUGCAGAAGAUCGAUGACCCGGAACCGGUGGACGAGGAGGACCACAAUCCUGCCCAGGAGCAGCUCCAGGUGGCUCCGCCCGCCGAUGCCUCCGUGAAGAAGGAUUGGCAUGACUACACGGCCAUGGCCAGAGAUGCCCAGCGAGUGGGUCUCGGCGAGAAGGGAAAAGCCGCCACGCUGGACGAUGAAUCCCAGCGGGAGUUGGAGAAACGAAUGUCCCUCGAGAACGGAUUCAAUGCCCUGCUUUCCGAUUCCAUAUCGGUUAAUCGCUCGCUGCCCGACAUCCGCCAUCAUCUUUGCCGCAAGAAGGAGUAUGUGGCGAAGUUGCCCACUGUCAGUGUGAUCAUCAUCUUCUACAACGAAUAUCUGAGCGUCCUGAUGCGCUCGGUGCACAGCUUGAUCAACCGCUCACCGCCGGAGCUGCUGAAGGAGAUAAUCCUGGUGGAUGACCACAGUGAUCGGGACUAUUUGGGUCACGAUCUGGAGGCCUACAUUGCGGAACACUUUAAGUGGGUGCGAGUGGUUAGAUUGCCCAGUCGCACGGGUUUAAUUGGUGCCCGAGCUGCGGGAGCCAGGAAUGCCACUGCCGAAGUGCUCAUCUUCCUCGAUUCCCAUGUGGAGGCCAACUACAAUUGGUUGCCACCGCUGCUAGAGCCAAUAGCCUUGAACAAACGGACGGCGGUGUGUCCUUUCAUCGAUGUGAUCGAUCACUCCAACUUCAACUAUCGGGCACAAGACGAGGGUGCCCGAGGAGCCUUCGACUGGGAGUUCUUCUACAAGCGGUUGCCUCUUUUGGAUGAGGAUCUUAAGCAUCCGGCGGACCCCUUCAAAAGUCCGGUGAUGGCCGGUGGUCUUUUUGCCAUUUCCAGAGAGUUCUUCUGGGAACUGGGCGGCUACGACGAGGGUCUGGACAUCUGGGGUGGCGAACAGUACGAGCUGAGCUUCAAGAUCUGGAUGUGCGGCGGUGAGAUGUACGAUGCUCCCUGCUCCCGCAUUGGCCAUAUAUAUCGCGGACCUCGUCACCACCAACCGAGUCCCAGAAAGGGCGACUAUCUGCACAAGAACUACAAGCGAGUGGCGGAGGUUUGGAUGGACGAGUACAAGCACUAUUUGUAUAGCCACGGAGAUGGACUCUAUGAAAGCGUGGAUCCUGGAGAUCUGAAAGCCCAGAAGGCGAUUCGCACCAAGCUGAAGUGCAAAUCCUUCAAGUGGUUCAUGGAGGAGGUGGCCUUCGAUCUGAUGAAGACCUAUCCGCCGGUGGAUCCGCCAGCCUAUGCCCUGGGUGCCAUCCAAAAUGUGGGCAACACGAAUCUUUGCCUGGACACGAUGGGCCGGAAGAAGCACAACAAGAUGGGCAUGUACGCGUGUGCCAACGAUAUAAAGAUUCCGCAGCGAACACAGUUCUGGGAGCUAAGCUGGAAGAGGGAUCUGCGACUGCGGCGAAAGAAGGAGUGCCUGGAUGUGCAGAUCUGGGAUGCCAAUGCACCCAUUUGGCUGUGGGAGUGCCAUGGCCAGGGCGGCAAUCAGUACUGGUACUACGACUACCAGCAGAAGCUACUCAAACACGGAACGGAGGGCAGACGGUGCCUGGAGCUGCUGCCCUUCUCCCAGGAGGUGGUGGUCAACAAAUGCGAUCCCGACAAUCGUUUCCAGCAAUGGAACUUCGGCUCCUUCAAUCAGACGGCGUUGGACAACUACUCCCAGGACCUCGUCCUCAAUCUUUAACAUUUAACCGCUGCUCAGCGAUAGUAUCACUUGCCAUGUACUUAGAAAACUUCGUUGUAAAUAACUAGGCUAGAUAGGUUGUAAGGCUGUUGCUUGGCCAAUUUACAAUUUACAAUUUACCGCGACUCAAGCGCACAUUCCCAUUGCUGCAUUAAAUACUAUUCAUGUAUCUUUAUAAAUAGUGCAUCUCAAACUUUUGAUGAAUUUUGUUUGGUUUUAAACAAGAUUCUAAAAGUAUUAUGAAACGGAAAAUUCAUAGUGGUCAUAAGUUUUGAUAUGUAUGACUUUGUAUUCCAGAAAAAAUGUUUUCCAUUAAAUUUAGCAGUUUCAAAAAAAA